CGGUCAUGUGAUCAGCUGUGUCCAAUCACAGCUGAUCACAUGGGACAUGUACACUGAUCAUCAAAGCACUGAUUAUCAGUGUGCCCUGAUGAUCUGUGUAGUCCCAGCAGCGCCACCUGUCAGUGUCCAUCAGUGCCAGCUCUCUGCUCAUCCAUGCCACCUGCCAGUGCCCAUCAGUGCCACAUUUCAGUGCCCAUCAGUGCCACAUCAAUACCACAUAUCAGUGCCCAUCUGAGCUGCCUUUCAGUAUCACCCAUCAGUGCCAGUCAGUGCCACCUAUCAAUGCCAGUCAGUGCCACCUGUCAGUGCUGCCAAUCAGUG